UCAGUGCACUAUUAAAAUCGUAGUUCAGUCUCACACAGAACAAAAAAGUUAUCUUGCAGCAAUCAUGCUUUCCAACAUGGAUUUCAUCAAUAAGGAAUUGGAGGACGUUAGAAAACGAUGUGUUGAUGAAGUUCCUGGGUCCGAGAUUGUAGCUUGCCAUCCUGCUGCCGUCAGGAUAAGGAUCGUGAGAACAAAAUACAAGAAGUUGGAAGUUUGCAUGCAGUUUCAAGGGAAGUAUCCUGAUGAAGCAAUAAUAAUUGAGAUAAAGAGUAAGACAAUUCCAGACAAACUUAGGGAAGGCUUGACUAAGAUCUGUGAUGAACAAGCCAAGACUCUCCUUGGAAAACCUCAGAUCCUUCAUGUUGUGAAGUUUGUUCAACAGUUCCUGGCUGACAACCCUUUCAGUGUAUGCAGCGAAGAAGUGUCGUUCAUCAAACGAGAACUGAUCACGGAGAAAGACGAGAUAAAGAUGAAGCAGAAGUCGGGAGUCAUCGUUAUCACGAUACGAGAAGCAGAAUACUUCAUGAAGUUCAGAUUAAAGGUUCCUGAUCUAUAUCCAGAACAACAGAUAGUGCUAGAGAACGUGGAAAACAACUUUCCUGAAUUAUUUCACAAGAUGUUCUUAGCUCAGACGGAGGAGAUGGCAAGACGAUGCGUUCAACCUCCACUAAAAAGGAAACCUAAGGAUCCUCCAUUUGAGCCAUCACCUUCCCUGAAGAAAGUAGCGGUCUAUCUAAUUGACUGUUUACGGACGUACCCAGGAUCCAUCUGCCCUAUCUGUAGAGAAAGAGCAUUUACACCCAAUCCUGAGCAUGCCGUCAAAGAUGAGACGCAUGGGCGGUUUGUAGUGUGGGUGUAUUGUGGUCAUAUAUUCCAUAAAGGAUGUCUCGAUGAAUUCUUCAAGACGCCUCCAUUUACAGGAGGCAAGAAGUGUCCAUCUUGUGGGAAACGAAUCUAUCACGACAAGUGGAACAUCACCCCGAAGGUAGCGGAGGAGAGAUGGGCUCACCAGGAAGCCAGAAGGAGAGAACUUGAUGAAGUGGUAGACUUCCUUCAAUGACGGUAUCCCAACGGCAUCCAAUGAUAUAAUGUAUUUGUAAUCUAUAUACACUGACAUCAAUGUGAUGCUAUGUUUGUCAUUGACGGCAUCUGAACUACAUCCAACGAUAAAAUGUAUCUGUAAUUUAUGUGCGCUGAUGUCAAGCCUUUAGACAAGACCUUGUGUCUGAUGUGACUCGUGUAUCAGAGACCAAGUGACUAGUCGCUCAAAGCUUUGGGUCGCUCGACGAAGCGCUCACCCGGGUCCCGCUAACUCUCUUCGUCGACUGCUGAUCUCAUUUCGGCAAAUACUUGACGAGGAAUAUAUCCAAGUCACAAGACCUUGUCAAAAGGCUAUGUGAUGCCAUGUUAUCAAUGACUGCAUCUCAGCUACAUUAAACGAUAGAAUGUAUCUGUAAUCUAUAUUCACCGACAUCAAUGUGAUGCAAUGUUGUCAGUGACGGCAUUUCCAUGUUAUCUACAUCCAACGACAAAAAGAACAAGAGACAAAUGUAAAAUCUCCUGCAAAAAUGUUCCUUGACAUUUUUUGGAAAAAAUCAUUCAAUGUGAUACAGAGAUAUUACGUGUGAUUUCUUAUUUCUGAAGAUUUAAAUCUGAUUUGGCUGAGGAAGUAUAGAGGGGCAUAACAACUCAGAGCGCCCUCUUUCUUUUAUAAGAGAUGCUGUCAAUGAUGGUGUCUCAACUACAUCCAACGAUGAAUGGAAGCAAAAGUGUAGAAUUCCUGCGAAACUGUAAAAUGCGCCUUUCAUCUACAUACAUGUUCAGUAAGGUCAAUGUAGUAUCCCACCUAAACAUGCUUUUCAGUGAUAGCAUUUCAACUCUAAUACAUCCAACGGUAAAAGGAAACAAAGAGUCAAAUAUGAAAUUUCCUGCAAAAGUGUUAAAUAUAUCUUUGAUCUAUACACUGACAUCAAUGUAACACUGUCAAAUUUUCUUUCCUGAAACUCUGCCAUGCCUUGGCUUGUAUAUCGGUUUCCAAUAUUUAUGAGAAAAUUAAUCAAAGAACCAUAGACAACUCACUUUUGCAACGUUUUAAUCAACAUCUAACAUAUCUCAUUUCAUUUAUUUUCGCAAAAUUAAAUAUAUACAAAGCAAUAUACAAAUAUAUUUUAAAAUAGGAGUGGACCAAGCGAAAGCUCAUCAGGCUUGUUUGGAUAGCCUAAAAUAACAUUCAGAAGAGUACGUAAUGCAUAAAACAUAAUACAUCUUAAAAAUACAAAUGGCAUAAGAAAGGACAGGAAAGAAGAAAAGAAAAAGUGCGGCUGAGAUUAUUUUUAAGAGAAAUGGGUUGCUGUAUGUAGAGUAAAUAUCGUUGGUGACUAAAUCUGAAAAGUUAACAUAUACACCGUGUUGUUUAUUUCUGCCUUGAAAUUAACUGUGUUUAAACAAAAUAUUAGCAUUGGGGCCAUUUACUUUUCAUACCUUACUUUACAUAGUAUUUUAUUUGCACUUGCUUCUGUCCACAUGCAUUUUAUAUUCCAGUCAAUACUGGCACAACAUUGAUUCCGUUCUGGUCCCACUCUCUUCAAUUCUAGGUCAUAUCAAAAUUUUGACCUCAACACCAUGGGAACACUCAAUCCGUCUCGAUCAUUGGGAUGAUUUUUAUUCCUUUAUCCCUUUCUCUUGCUGUUGACCGUGUGGUCCUUGAUUGAGUAAGCCUUUUCAUUGUCCAGUUGCACAUCCCCUCCUAGGCUUGUUCUACCACAACAGGUGGUUCCUUUUUUUUAGUAGACCUUGUGCUUCAACAAUUAUUUUGGUAAUGAUGUUAACACCUCUUGCAUGCCGUCAUCAGUGUGUGCCGCAAAUGUGCAGUCCACGCUUCUCAACGUUCCAACUGAUGAAGGCCAUGAAUUGAUUUCAGGACCCCGUCUAACAAAAAGUGCUCUCUGUUAGUCCCAUAAAUCUGCAUUUUUUUUAAGAGGGUGGCAGAAAGC